AUGACAACACAAACCGUUCCUCGCCCAAGCGGCCAGAGCCAUGGUCGUCUGGACAGGACCCUUGGAAUUACUGAAAGGAUUGCCCCCAAGAUGAAGGCUUGGACAGGAGAGCUUCGAGUUAGGUUAUAUACUGAUUUUCAGGUCAACGAGAUCGCUACAGAUGGCACCGUUCUACAUCUCAAAGACACGAGGCUAGCCGAUCAGCCUAACCCGCCAUUGGAUUCCUCACAGACCGGAGACUCGUAUAGACCGUCUCUCCCCGAACCCAAGGAUGCUGCCUCCUCUCAACCACCCGGCGACGUCAAACCCGAAGCCAAAGCCAAUGGCCAGGCCGCCGACCAACAAAAGGAAGAGCCGCCCGAAGUGUCCCCAGAAGACAUGCAGACUCUGGCCGAUCUGACGAGCGAAUCCUUCACCCAGGAUGUCCUUGCUAUCUAUCGUGCUGCCGCCACCAAGCAGCCCAUCCCCGUGCCGGCGAGGACAACCCCCAUCGAAGACAAGGACCAGCGCGCCAAAAUCCACCACAACGUCCGACGCAUCUUCCGCUCUCUCGUAGACACCACCGCCGACACCUCCGCGACCACCCCGGGCGGCGCUGCCAUUAUCGUCGCCGCGGGACGGCCGCCGCGCCCUCCCAAGGCCCACAACCCGCAGCAGAAUCGCUCCUCCUCCAGGAACAACAAGACCCGGCGCGGCAAGGGCGCCGGCAAGGUCAACGCCGAAGGGGAGGGCGAUUACCUCCACUUCACCAUCUACAAGGAGAACCGCGACACCAUGGACACGGCCCGCCAGCUCGCCCGCUGCCUCUACCUGAAGCCCCAGAUCUUCGUCUUCGCCGGGACCAAGGACCGCCGCGCCGCCACCACGCAGCGCUGCUCCGUCCGCGGCGUCAAGGCCGAGACCGUCGCGGGAGCUUACACGCGCCUCCACGGCGUCUGGACCGGCGACUACCGCUACGCCUCGACAGGACUACACCUCGGUGCCCUCCAGGGCAACGAAUUCGUCAUCACCCUGAAGAACUGCCGGCUCGUCCCUGACGACGACGAGGACGACGACGAGGACGACAAACUCACCCCCGCCGACCGUCAGGAGGCCAUCCGCGCCUGCGCCACCUCCGCCCUCGCCUCCAUGGCCUCCCGCGGCUGGAUCCACUACUACGGCCACCAGCGCUUCGGCACCCACGCCAUCGGCACCCACGAGGUCGGCCAACGCAUCCUCAACUCCGACUACGAGUCCGCCGUCGCCGCCAUCCUAGCCUACGACGACCACGCCGCCCAGCGCGCCUGCGACUGCGACAACGACAACGACAACGACGGCCGCGACCUCCCCGCCGAGGCCCACGUCCGCGACGAGCUCAACCGCGCCCGCGCCUGCCGCGCCUUCCAGCGCGACGGCGCCUCCGCCGAAGAGGCCCUCCGCUUCCUCCCGCGCCGCUUCGCCGCCGAGGCCGCCGUCAUCCGCCACCUGGGCCGCCACACCCGCGGCGCCGCCCCCGGCGCGUCCCGCCGCGACUUCCAGGGCGCCCUGCUGUGCAUCCCCCGCCCGCUGCGCAACAUGUACCUCCACGCCUACCAGUCGCUCGUGUGGAACCACGCCGCCAGCCGUCGCUGGGCCGUCUACCGUGAUACUGUGGUCGCGGGGGACCUGGUCCUCGACGACAGCAACACCGCAGCCGUGCAAGCCGACGAAAUCACCUCCGAACCCGACGCCGACAACCCCACCACCACCACCGCCCGCGCCCUAACCGCCGAAGAAGCCGCAUCAGGCCGCUACACCAUCCACGACAUCGUCCUCCCGUCCCCCGGCCACAACGUCAUCUACCCGACCAACGACAUCGGGGCCUUCUACGCCGCGUUCAUGCGCCGCCCCGAGAACGGCGCGCUCGACCCGCACGACAUGCGCCGCCGCCACCGCGAGUUUAGCUUGCCGGGCCACUACCGGCACUUGACCACGCGCUUCCUCCCCUCCGCGGCCGAGGAGGGUCAGACGCUGACGCCGACGCCGACGCUGCCUCGCGUCGAGGUGCGUCGGUACGCCGAUGACGAGGAGCAGAUGCAUCCCACCGACUUGGACCGCGUGAGGGCCGCGAGGAAGGCGCAGGCCGAGGAAGCUGCCGUGGCGAGGAAGAGGAAGUGGCAGGACGAACGAGAUCAAUCUGACGGGAAGGAGGAGGGUGGCGAGAAGCCCGAGGACGUGGAGGCGGGGAGGCAGUCGAAGAAGGCCAAGGCGGGUGGGCAUGGUGAUGGGCAUGAUGAUGGUGAUGGUGAUGGUGAUGCCCAUAACGGCGAGCCUACUCCCGCAGCGGAUGCCAUGCAGGUCGACCAUGAGGGUGGCAGCACAAAUAAGACGGGGGAAUCGGCGUCGUCGGUGAGUACAAAACCGGCCCAUGUCAAGCAAGUUCCGGGGGAGGAAAAGGCCAAGGACAAGGUGGCCGUGAUCGUCCAUUUCCGCCUCACAAAGAGUGCCUAUGCCACCGUCGCGCUGCGGGAGCUGAUGGGCUUCUCCGACCAUGACGCCGCGGACACGAAGCCCGAGUUGACCAGCUCUACUGGGUAG